GACGCUCGCCACCAUCAUUACUUGCUAGGACGCGUCUUGUUGAGCAUACUCUAUCAAUCCGACUGUGGAGGAGUUUCUGAGACAGUACGCGUAUAUCUCGGAGACGUAUCACUUUUGCAACAGCCCGGCAGACAUCAUAAAGCUCUCCAGGCACGAAGGAGCAGCUCGUCCUGUAGGCCCUCACAACCAUAUAGUAUACCCAUCUGAACGCAUAUACCUUGGACCAUGUCCGCGCAAUCGGCCGUUUUGUCUGCACCAGUAUGGCGGCAGUUCACGUUCUUCGACGUAGUUCCGGUGAAGGACAUUCAUGACCUCGCAAACCCUCCAGAAAUAUUCAAGGGGAAAACGCCAGAGAUCUCGACCAUUAUCCCAUCCUCCUUAGGCCCUCUAGUCGCGGACAUACAUGGCAGCGUGUAUCUACUCAAUCGCGAGUUCGAGAUUGUCAAGAGUUGGAUUGCGCAUACCAGUGGGAGGGUCACGCAUAUGGGAGAGCGGAAGGGCACUCUCAUAACGCUCGGCGAGGAGGAUACCGCUCGGCAUCCCUUCCUCAAGGUGUGGGAUUUGGAGCACAGCGACAAGAAGACGGGUGCUCCAGUGCUCCUCCGCUCAACAAAGGUCCAAAGCGGAAGCCGUCCACAUCCAGUGACCACGAUCGCCCUCUCCGAGACACUCUCCCACCUUGCCAUCGGCCUCGGCGACGGCACCGUCCUCCUCUACCGCCAUCUCGAUCAAUCCGUCUUCUCCGGCUCGACCUCGCUCACCUCCCUUCCCAAGGCGCGCGUCAUCUUCGAGUCCCCUACGGAGCCCAUCACCGGCCUCGGGUUCUGCGAGCCGGACGAGGACACGCCGAACAUGUACCUCUUCAUUGUCACCCUCAACCGUGUGCUCACGUACCAGGUGUCGGGGAAGGGGCACGGUGCUGCGCCCACGGUAGUCAGCGAGGUCGGCUGCGGACUGGGAUGCGCGACCAUGGACUUGCAUGCGAGGAAUAUGAUAGUGGCCAAGGACGAGGCGAUAUUCAUAUGUGGGACGGAUAGCCGGGGCUCGUCAUAUGCUUAUGAAGGGCAGAAGGCAUCCAUCCAUACACAUCUGACUUACGUGGUCAUUGUCUCGCCUCCAUUUUUCCCGUCCGGAGGUGCUGCGUCGGCGACGGUUCGGAAUUUUGUAGCGAAGAAUAGCUCGUCUGCAGGCACCGAGAUCACUAAGCUGACCGUGUUCGACCCGGACAACAGACUUGUCGCGUAUAGUGGCACAUUCGCCGAAGGUGUCCGUGAAGUCCUUUCUGUCUGGGGCAAACUGUAUGUCCUGUCGAAUGACGGUAACCUGUCGUGCCUUGAAGAGAAACCAACCCCAGUCAAACUUGACAUGUUGUAUCGCAAGGGAUUGUAUAAGAAUGCUCUGACCCUUGCCAAGACACAACAGCUGGACGAAUCGAGCGUUGCUGAUAUCCAUAGACAAUUUGGAGAUCAUUUAUACUCGAAGGGCGACUACGACGGUGCGAUGCAGCAGUAUAUAAAGACCAUCGGACACGUGCAGCCAAGCUACGUGAUCCGGAAGUUCCUAGAUGCACAACGGAUACACAACCUCGUUACGUACCUGCAAGAGCUCCACUCGCUAGGGCGCGCCAAUGCAGACCACACAACCCUGCUGUUAAACACGUACACGAAGCUGAAGGAUGUCGCGCGUCUGGACAGCUUCAUUAAGCGGGAGUCAUCGCGCGCGACAGACGAACUUCCGUUCGACCUUGACACUGCGAUCCGUGUUUGCAGGCAGGCAGGAUAUUUUGAGCAUGCUUCGUACCUCGCCAAGAAGUACGAGCGCCACGAAGACUACCUGAGGAUACAAAUCGAGGACGCGGGGAACUACAAGGAUGCGUUGGUGUACCUCAGGCGAUUGGGUGCUGAGGCGGCAGAAGCAAAUCUGGCUCGUUACGGUCGAGCUAUGCUGAAUAACCUCCCUGAAGAGACGACUCAGCUCCUCAUCGAUCUCUGCACGAGUCUCGCACCGUUGCCCUUCGAAGAUGAGGAGGAAAUCAAGGGUCCAACGCGACAAGCAAGUGGCGGCGGCCCAUCAUAUCUUUCCUAUCUUGCGUUGAACAGGUCAUCUACACCAGCUCCAGCGACACCGACGGAUGGGGCGGCACCUUCGUCCGCGUCGACUAUGACCGCUAGACCCGGUGGACCGGCUCGCCGAGACUCGGUGCAAGACGUGUCGAGAACGGCCACUCCUCCCCCCGCUACCCCAACAAACCCAUCUCCGACGAAGGCGAGAGUACAAAGUGUGAAGCGCCCGUCUCCACGUCUGUAUUUCGCGCACUUCAUCGAUCACAUGGACUACUUCGUGCGCUUCUUGGAGUCCGUUGCACUGCGGCGAUGGGGUCAGACCGUCGACCCGAACGCACCCCACGUUGUGGUUGAGAACGACCCGAACGCUGAUGAAGAAGCAGAGAAGCGGGACCAGAUCGCAGUGUGGAAUACCCUGCUGGAGCUGUACCUCAUUCAAGAUGGUGCGUCAGUGGAACAGACCAGCUCGCCGGAGCCCAACAAGGCCCUGCGCGUCUUGCAGAGCGACAACGUCCCAUAUGACCCCACGCAUGCAUUGAUCCUAUGUUCCACACGCUCCUUCACGCCGGGCUUGAUACUUCUUUGGGAGCGCUCGGGGAUGUACGAGGACAUCCUGCGUUUCUGGAUGGAUGCUUAUCGUGCGAAAACACACCCUGAUGCGCCCGCCGAGGUCGUCCGUGCGCUGAACAAGUACGGUGACGAUAAGCCCGGACUGUACCCGCUCGUGCUGAGGUUCUUGACCUCGACGCCGGAGCUGUUAUCGCGACACGCUGAGGACUUGCAAAAUAUUCUCAGGAUCGUCGACGAGCGAGGGAUCAUGCAGCCGCUGAGUGUCGUACAAGUCCUGAGCAGGAACGGCGUCACGAGCGUUGGCUUGGUGAAGCAAUGGUUGAUGACAAGGAUCAAGCAAGCUCAGCAGGAAGUUGAGACUGAUCAACAACUCAUCGACUCAUACCGCAACGAGACGCGGCAGAAGCUGCGCCAGGUAGAAGAAUUAUCAGACCCUGACCAGCCCAAAGUCUUCCACGUCACGCAAUGCUCAGAAUGUCAAGGCCAGCUCGACCUCCCGAGCGUGCACUUCAUGUGCCAUCAUAGUUACCAUCAACGGUGCCUCGGCGACCACGAAACGGAGUGUCCGAAGUGCGCUCGUGCACAUGGAAUGAUCAUGGAGAUCCGCCGCAAUAACGAGCGCCUUGCGGAUCAACAUGAUGUAUUUUUGCAGGAAGUACGCGAGGGCGGCUUUGCUGCUCUAGCCGCAGGAUUUAGCAGGGGCUCAUUGAAUAUGUCGAGAUUGGAAGACGUAGCAGCAUGAAGUCCUGUGUACACGGAAUGUCGGAAUGUGCUAUUCUAUUGGGAUAUCAUUUCGAAAAUGUUAUGCGGAACCGUCCGUCCGACAUCAGAGUCAUUAUAAUAUACACUAUGGUAUCUAUGUGCGACGCGCAAUUUUUGUCUUGAUCCAGUGGAAGAGACUUCCACCGUGUAUACGGAAAAGCCACAUGAAGAUGAAGAUGCAACCGAUAUUGAACCCGAUGUAUACGCAGAAAAGGCCGAGAUCUCUCCAAUGACGGGAAUAGUAUAUGUUGAAAUUAUCUCCCAGAAAUGUGUCGGUUGUGCUAUAGGCACAAUACUCACAACUGCUAGUGGCAUUUGGGUUUGUCAAGUAACCACCGACCACCGAUACGAAGGGACCGAGGUACUGUUCGCAUGUGUAAUUGGACGGUGGCUGGACGGUGGUCAGC